AUGCCUGUCUUCUGUUCGUCGGUCGUCUCUUCUGAUGCUGCCUCUACAGACGAUCUGCAAUCCGAGCUGGUGCGUCAUUAUCUGAUAGAAGCCAUAAGUUCUCCCCCCCGAGGCGUUCGUCUCAAGGGUUUCGCCAGUGAGCCCAUCUUUCCCAGCCUCGUCAGUCUCAUCCACCAGCAUACACAUGCCCCAUUGGCACUGCCCUGUCGCCUCCUCUUGCCGGAGCCUGUGGCCGGGCAGAUGCCGACGCCCGGUUACCAGACUUUGCCAGCAAUUGUCAUGGGUCCCAGUCAGGCCAACGCGAAUGUCGACGCCUUGGAGACGGACGUUGGUAUGGCAGAGGCGGGAAACUUUGGCUGUCUGGAGCCGGAGAUCCGGCCUCAGGCCAGGCAACGCGGACUGCCAAGCGCAGUCUCUUCAAGUGCAUCCGAGACGUUCAAUUACUACCAUCAAAUGCAACAACAACACCAACAACAAUACCAAACGGGUCAGCAUCACUAUCAGCAUCCAGUGCAGGCACACCUACAACACCAGCAGACAGAGACCGGCAUGGAAGUCGCUGGCGGUGGAAUGUCGGCUGGGCUCACGCCGAGGGUCACAAGCCCGAUGCCGCCGGUCUCUUCGAUGAUCUCGCCCAUGUCGCCCAUCUCUCCAACUCCGGGCAUGUUCCAGUCUUCUGGUCCGGGAAUAAGUGAGUCAAGUAUCCGAACGAGAAACAGCUUGAAUGGCUCUAUUUUUAUGUGUGAAUCUGCUCAAUACAGUUGA